UCGCUUCCGGAUCUUCUCUUACAAACAGUCCUUUUAUUAACUCCCAGUUGUUAGGGUUUGUUUCUUUGUCUCCCUCUUCUCUCUCUCGAUUCCUUCAUUCCCAUCCCCCAAUUCUCCCAUUUCUUUUUCACCAUUUAAAAUAUCAACGAAAAUCUCAAUCUUCCUCACAUUUUCAUUCACAAACCAACCCUUUCAUGGCCAAGACCAAACCUGGCAAGAAGGACCUUGAUUCCUACGCUAUCAAAGGCACCAACAAAGUUGUUCGUCCUGGUGAUUGUGUGCUGAUGAGACCGUCGGACUCCGAUAAACCACCAUACGUGGCUCGUGUAGAGAAGAUCGAGGCCGACCAUCGGAACAAUGUGAAGGUUCGAGUUCGAUGGUACUAUCGGCCGGAGGAGUCUAUUGGGGGGAGAAGACAGUUCCAUGGAGCCAAGGAGCUCUUUUUAUCAGACCAUUAUGAUGUGCAAAGUGCCCACACCAUUGAAGGAAAGUGUAUCGUCCACACUUUCAAAAACUACACUAAGCUUGAAAAUGUUGGUGCUGAAGAUUACUUUUGUAGGUUCGAAUAUAAGGCCGCCACCGGUGGUUUCACUCCGGACCGGGUGGCAGUGUAUUGCAAAUGUGAGAUGCCAUAUAACCCGGAUGACCUUAUGGUGCAAUGCGAAGGAUGCAAGGAUUGGUUUCAUCCAUCCUGCAUGGAGAUGACCAUCGAAGAAGCAAAAGGAUUGGAUCACUUUUUAUGUUCUGAUUGUACUUCAGAGGAUGAUGCCAAAAGAUCAAUGAAUACGUUCCCAGUAUCAGCAUCCCUUGAGCCAAAGGUGGAACCGAAGCGUAGAAAGAGAUAACCCCAUCAUGGUAAUGCGGAAUGAGGAGGUACCGAUUUUCUAGCACAUUAGCUCAGAUAUUGUUCUUGUUUGUGCUGUGGAAUUGUACAGUGCAGAGAAGAUACUGUGCUUGCACACCAAGGAAAAAAAAAAGGGAAGGCUAUCUUUCAUAAUUUACCAUGUUCUUCUCAUGUUUGUAUGUGUGGUUGGACUUGUGAGUGCAGUCUCUGCAAAAAUGACAAAUCUUUAAUAUAAGAACCCCCAAGAACCAUUAACAAUGGCUGCUUAAACUUAAGAAUUAAAGAAACCUUCUCUCUUCUUUGGUUAUGUCAA